CGGGGCACAUGUAAGCCCUGAGAAAGACGAGUAUUCUCUGCAGAGCGAAACAGAGUGCCUCAGACAGCGGUCUUUACUCGUGCCUCUGUAGGUGACUUGCAAGUGCAUUCGUUUGACAUCUCGAAUAGUUUUCAAUUCUAGUCUUGACUGCAGAACAAAAAAAUAUUGAUUGCGUUGACAAACUGCCGAAAGGAAUGUCAGAGAAAUAAUCUAGUUCUAGCAUCUAGCAACAUAACACCGAAAUGGAUUGUUUUAGUACAGUAAUUAUUCACACUAGGGUAUUUUAAACGCCCAAGUUCGCUUGACGCGAACAGUCUGCUGCGAUCAGUUGCGAUGUCCCCUCCAGAUUUUCUUAGUUCUGAGAAACAUUAACCAGCAUGGGAGUUCUUGCUGGUGUGAGCUGGUCUUCUCAGCAGAUCUACAAUACCGUACCACAAAUUACAUCUCAAAUCUUUCUUCAGGGUGAGUGAUGUGGAACGGGGUGGUGAUUGUCCAGGACUCACUCCUACGGCAUGUCAUGAAGCAAUCGUCCCAAGUUCUCCUGUUUUUCCUGGUGGUCUGGAUGCUGCUCUUCCUCGUUGUCUUCACCUACUUUUUUGACUCUCAGGUGAACCAGACCCAAAAGGCAAUUUCCAUCUCAUACUCUGACGGUCAACAUGUUGCCCGGGACAGCAGAGAAUUAAAAAAAACCCACUCGAGUAGGUUUGCAGAGAGGAGGGGUCUAUUCCAGAGCAGACGAGAUUUUAAACUUUCUGACUCAAUAUAUAAGCAGCUUCAUUUAAGGAAUAUAUACAAAAUGAGAUUGGAGAGAAGGAUUAAGAAGAACAAGACAAAGACAAUCGACAACACUUGGUUGCUGAUGGAAGGUCUUUGGAAGGGAAAUGUGUCCUCCAACAUGUUAAAUCGACGACUGCAACGAGUCAUAAAAGAUUAUGUUCGCGUCAAUAAGCACAAGGUUCUCUACAAAGGGAAGAGAAAUGCAAGUAGGAGCAGGCAGGAGUUACUCUGUCAGAUGAAACUGCAAACUCGGCUCAAGAGUCUGGAUAGUUCAGAGCAGCCAUUUGUUCGCCUAGGCUUUCAACGGUGGUUUCCAUCCCAACCCCUGCAGAAGGUGUACAAGACAUGUGCUGUGGUAUCAUCGGCAGGCUCAAUCCUUAACUCAUUAAUGGGACGAGAAAUUGAUUCCCAUGAGGCUGUGUUGCGUUUUAAUUCUGCACCUUCUAUUGGUUAUGAAAGAGAUGUGGGCAACAAGACCACCAUUCGCAUCAUGAACUCUCAAAUUCUUGCAAACCCCAAGUACAAAUUCAACAGCAGUUCUAUUUAUAAGAACAUUGCUUUGCUAGCCUGGGAUCCUGCUCCUUAUAAUUUUGACUUGGAAAAGUGGUACAAGCGUCCCGAUUAUGACCUCUUCAAACCCUACAUUGCUCAUAGAGAGAGCUUUCCUGAGCAGCCUUUUUAUAUCCUGCAUCCCUCCUUUAUCUGGAAUCUCUGGGAUUUUGUGCAAAGUAACACAGUGGAGAACAUUCAGCCUAACCCUCCUUCCUCGGGAUUUAUAGGUAUAACUGUGAUGAUGAACCUAUGUGAGGAAGUCGAUGUCUAUGAGUACAUCCCUUCUGUAAGGCAAAGCAGUCUGUGCCAUUAUCAUGAGAAGUACGUAGACGUGGCCUGCACCUUCGGGGCGUACCACCCUCUGAUUUACGAGAAGAUGCUCGUCAAGCGCAUGGGCACAGCUUCUGAACACGACCUCAGGAAAAAGGGAAUGGUCACACUGCCAGGUUUCUCUAAGAUUACCUGUCCAACGUGAUGCUUAGGCUCACACUAGUGCAGUACCUUCACAUGGCAUCUUAUUUAACGCAUUUCUGCACUAUUUUAUUUCAUUUUGUUAAACCUUUUCUGUACUGUAAGCAUUGUUUUCAGAUUGAAAAAUGGAGAGGCUUAGUGUAUCCGGAUAACACACUUAAUGAAUUCAGACACUUUAUCCAAUCAUUGGACAUGACUUUCCAAAAGUUGCAGAUGGGAAAGGGAUAAAUACUUUAAAGCGACAAUGAGCAACUUUUUGACCUUAAAAUAAUGUCUUUAUUUUAGUGGUAGGUCAACUUUUAACUGGACAAAUUUUACUGCCGUUGCUACCUAAGCAGCCUCCUAUCGGCUGAAAUUGCACUUGUAACUUUAUUGUUCGGGCCGGUACAAGCCCCACCUAUCCCCUGCUUUACGGCAUACGUCACGUUUUACUCGUAGCCUGGGAGAAGUUAGCCAACAGCAGAGCUAACAGUAAGACGAAACGAACCAAAACAUCACCAUGGCAGAGCCAGCCAAAAAACCAAAGAGGGUUUUGUCGGAGGAAGCAAAGAAAAGAAAGCGAGAGAGUGAUCGGACAAGAGGCCGGUCAAGAAUCAAUAUCGGACAGGCUUACACUCGGUGGUGCGAGCAGCAAGAGGCAAUGGGUUGCAAAAGGGAUGGAGACCUAGCGGUCUUGCUCCUGGAUUUGUAAGUGUUAUUUGUACAUUUUUUGUUACUGUCCUGUACUUUUGAACAUAUUUGUUAUUAGUCUGUGUCAUUGGCGCACCACCGGUUCACACUAGCUGAGAGAUAAUAUAUGGUUGCCGGUGUUGAUAGCUAGCAUGUUGUCGUGUCUCGUCAUAAAUGCGUGUAGUGCUUGUAAAUGAAAAUAAAAAAAAAACACAAUAAACGUGUUGUGGUAAAAAGUAGCAGAUUCUUUAGUUCAGACCAGUAAACUGCGUAAAUGUUGAACAGUUCAGUCAUUGAGUAGGCUAAUGUUGUCAUUAUAUACAGUAUAUAUACUGUAUAUACAUGCUAUGAGCUGUUUUCAUAGCGUAUCUGGGUCUGCCGGGUCCAUCGGCUUUAUAAACAAACUCACGUGUAUUGAGCUGCAACAGAAUCUUUGCAACAGUUUUUACGACACUGUAAACAGACAAUACCGCUUAUCAACCACAUGGGGCAACAGUGAGCAGAAGUUGCUCGUUGUCGCUUUAAAGCUUGUUCAUCUGCAUUAUAUAAUUAAUUGAUAAUGUGAUUAAAUUUAGGGUAAUUUGCUCGUUUAUUCAUAUUUCCACAAACUAGAAUAAUCGUAAAAUGAAAACUAUAAAAUAACACAGUGUUACUAAAAAGUAAUUUCAAAAUAAAUCAAAAUGCUUCACUGAUUUUAGAUUUUCUUUAUUAUUUAAUCAGUUAUACAUAAAUAAAUAAAAAAUUCUAAAGAAAAAGCUAAUAUAGGCAUAUACGCAUACUGUAUGCCUUCAGAUCAAAAGUUUUUUAGGGUCUAAAAAACAUUUUACUCAAGCGACCCCUAAACCUUUAAACAGUAGUGUAUUUCUAAGAUGGCACUUUUAUCUUAAAGUCAUGGUAAUGGCAUUCUAAAUGCAUAUAAAUCUGCAAUGUAAAUGUAAUGUAUUUGGAAAUGUAUUUGCAUUUUAAAUUAUUUUCACAUAAAAAGAUCUAGAUUCUAGGAGGUUCUAGGUUUGAUAUCCAGAGGGAAUUCUGGUGCAGAAUUGUUUACUGUCCUAUGGGCAUGCUGUAUUACUUCUGCCUUACCUGUUUACUGUUAAAAUAAAAUGUUGGUACAUAUAUUUUAAACGAUAAUAUUUUACUGUAAUAUUUUUGACAAUACUGUGCCAAUACUUUUCUGCUUUUAUGGUCUAAUAAAAUUCACAUUUUGA